GCAGCACUGGAAAAAGGUUUAAACCUACGAAAUACAUCCCGGUCUCCACAGCAGCUGCCUUAUUAGUGGGUUCGACUACUUUAUUUUUUGUUUUCACAUGACUGAAAGAACCCAAAUUACAGGGACCUUCCUCACCUGAGAGGCACAGAGUUUGGAAUGAGAAUUCAAGUACCAGCAAGAGGCAUCCAGAAGGGUCUGUGGAAGCAGCUACCUGGAGCAGCCCUCUCACUGUUUUCCACCUGCAGCCUCAUGAGCCUUGUCUCCAAAUAGCUGCUCUGGGCCUUUCUCCUGGCACUGAGUACUCUGCAUGUUGUUAAACAUGUUCCCAUUUGGUUUUGGCUCCACAAUGGAUUUCUCCUGAACCCUGAAAGCAGUGAAUUCUUUUGAAUGAAAAUGACCUGACUGAAGCAGAAUGCAAUUUGAAGAGUCUUCCACACGUGCCCCUGGUUGACAAAAGCCAUCUCCCCAGCCAUCCCAGUGUACAAUGGACUCGUUUUCUUGUUUGUGCUGGCAAACUUCAGCAUGGCAACUUUCAUGGACCCUGGAGUUUUCCCACGAGCAGACGAGGAUGAGGACAAGGACGACGACUUCCGCGCGCCGCUGUACAAGAACGUGGAGAUCAAAGGAAUCCAAGUACGGAUGAAGUGGUGCGCCACCUGCCACUUCUACCGCCCGCCCCGCUGCUCCCACUGCAGCGUCUGCGACAACUGCGUGGAGGAUUUUGACCAUCACUGCCCAUGGGUCAACAAUUGCAUAGGACGGAGGAACUACCGCUAUUUUUUUCUCUUCUUGCUGUCCUUAAGUACACACAUGGUUGGAGUGUUCACCUUUGGGCUCAUCUUCGUCCUGAACCACAUGGAAAAGCUGGGAGCAGCUCACACUACCAUUACAAUGGCUGUCAUGUGUGUGGCUGGGUUAUUCUUUAUCCCAGUCAUUGGUCUCACUGGCUUCCACAUUGUUCUAGUGGCCCGAGGGCGCACAACCAAUGAGCAGGUGACAGGGAAAUUCCGUGGGGGAGUCAAUCCUUUUACCCGCGGAUGCUGUGGAAACGUGGAACACGUGCUCUGCAGCCCCUUGGCUCCCAGGUAUGUGGUUGAGCCCAAGAAGAAGCAGGCUGUGAGUGUGAAGCCUCCCUUCCUGAGACCGGACUUGUCGGAGCGACAGAUCACAGUGAAGAUCAGCGACAACGGCAUCCAAGCCAACCUCAACCGCAGCAAGUCUAAAAUCAGCCUGGAAGGUCUGGAGGAUAAGAGUAUGGAUGUGCAACCACCUCUUCCACCCAAAGGAGAUCCAAACAAGUACUCUGAGCUAAAAGGGCAGCUGGGCACCAGUGAAGAAGGUGGCCUCUCACCCAAACUUAUCAGCCCUCCCACUCCUGCCAUGUACAAAUUCCGACCAGCUUUCAGCAACAAUCCCAAAGUCCACUACCACGCCACGGCCGAGCAGAUCACCUUGCAGGAGGGACACAGUCAAGGGGCUCUGAUAGAAGAGGAUGGCAGGAGCCUUGAUUACCAGUCUGAACCCAGCUUGGACAUCCCCAGCUACCGGAAGAGCUCCCUCCACAAGACCUAUCAGUCUUCCCCACUCCAGAUAGAUUCCUUUGCCAUCAAUUCACGAUCCCUGAGCCUGAAAUCUGCUGGCAGGAGGGGGACAGACAAAGUGCCCCUUCAUCCAAUAAAGUCCGAAGGAGCGGCUUCCACACCUUACAAAAGCAUCUUUUCUCCCAAUUCCCUGUCAAACAGAAAUGGGAGUCUUUCGUAUGACAGUUUGCUGAACCCCAUGUCUCCCUCGGGGAGGAAAUGCAUUGCCCAUUCUGCAGUCAGCUCUGUUGGGUACCACUCCCCAUAUUUGUCAGCCAAAAUGUGCCACCUCCGGGGCAGCGAGCUGCAGCGCCAGCCCCCGCAGAGCUUCAGCCCGGUGCUGGGCAGCCCGGCCCCGCAUCAGCGAGACCCCUCCCCAGUGCGCUAUGAUAACCUUUCCAAGACAAUUAUGGCAUCCAUCCAGGAAAGGAAAGAGAUGGAAGAGAGGGAGAAGCUCCUCCACUCGCACCCUGACUCGGUGUUUGCAGACUCAGGUGUCUAUGACACGCCCAGCUCCUACAGCCUUCAGCAAGUGAGCACGCUCUCGGAAGACCCGCGCAGCAUGGCCAUGAGAUACGGAUCCAGGGACAAUCUGAUGGCUGCCACCAGCUUUAGCACAAGGAACCCUAUACUGCAGUCCUCAGUGUCUUCACUCUCAAGUGCAAUGACAAGAGCCCCAAGGACUUCCACAACCUCUCUGCAAGCUGAUUUAGCCAAUAAUAAUGUGCAGUCCCAUCAAGCACUACAGGGCAGGGUGAGCAAUGGCUCCUACAAAUCCCCAGGCCACCAGGUCCCAUCGUCCCCCACAGGGAUGCCUAGGUCACCCUCUUACGGAGGCCCGAAGGCUGUGCCGUUUGUAAACACUGUGGAAAUUACAGAGGUGCAGUCAGUGGGAGCACAGAGGGAUGACAUGCAGUUGAAGACACCUCACAGUAAAAUAAAUGGACAGCCAAAAGGAAUAGCCAGGUUGGGUUCAACAUCAAGUUCCCAGGGGACACCAGUCAGCCCUGCUAGACACUCUAAUGUUAAGAAGGUGUCUGGAGUUGGUGGAACAACCUAUGAAAUUUCAGUGUAAAAUAAAAUGAAUUAAAAACAAAGAGCCAUCCACUCAGCCAGCCAUGAAGCUAGGAGCACUGUGAAGACUCAAACAACAACAAAGAAGGAGCAGCAGCAGUCGGCCACUCUCCUUUCCUUGUUUUGGGUUUGUUCUGUUUUCAUCUUUCUCUUUUGGCCAAAAACCAGCUGCAGCCUUAUUCUUGAGGGAAUAAUAAAAUUGUACAGUCUAUCAGACUCUUCCUGAACCGACAGGCGGGAACUGGCUACGACCUAAGACCACACGGAGCGGAAUUCCUUCCUGCAAGAGAGCGCUAAAGCCAUUGUGCGCGUGUCUGUCCAGCCACUCUGUUGUGUACCAGUUGUGCUGUGAAACAGUUCAGUCAGUCCAGGAUCAGUCAGUUCUCCCAUGCCCCUUCCCAGCUCUCCUGGCCAGCGAUGUGUCUGGCAGGAGCCAGAGGACCAACUGCUGUUUUCCUGCUGACAUGGAAAGUAGGGUUCCUGCGCUGGGCAGGAGCUUCUCCUCGUCCCCCGGGCGCUGCAGCUCAGGUUCCUCCUCCUGGGAAGGAACAAGGCAAGGCCACUUGGGCUGCAGACACCAUGUCUUCUUUAAAAGCCUCCCUGGUCCCAGAUGGGGGCAGGAGAAAGGAUAGCAACAGCUUCUCCCUGUCUGCCAUUGGCCUCCCUGUGUGUGAAGUUGUGUGUGUGCGUGCGUGUGUUUGUCUCCAUGGAAAAGGACCGCAACACCGGCGAGGAUCUGCCACUCUGACCUCCUGCUCCCUCUGGGUUUGAAAGGCUUCUCUGGCCCAGCAACAAAACCAAGCAGAUAAGAAAGGAAAUGUUCAGAUGGAAACAUAUUCUAAACAGCCAUCUGCUGCUUUCCCUGCACCCUCCUUACCUGUUGGAUUUAGGCAAUAACAGAGUUUACUGCCUUGCCCUGGUGCCGUCAGUGUAAUCCCGCAGCAAGGUUAUCAUAAGCUGUCGAAUUUGCAGUGUGUGUAACUGAGCCAAGCGUGCAUCUAAAGGAUAUAAAUUUUCUGUCUGCCUAAUUACUAGCACAUUCCCUCUGGUCUUCAAUACUGCUAGACAAAGGAUUUUCAAUUUGGGUUUUUCCCCCCUGGGGAACAACUUUUUAAAAUAAUAUCAAUCAAAUCUAUUUAACAUUCUGAGGUUUCUUUUUCCUGUCUCCAGAAAACUACAUUUACUUUGUUGGAUUUAAAGACAACUUUACCGUAAAAAACAAGAAAGGGGUGCAUUACUUUUGUCAAAAGUACGAGGACUCUGGCAAAGCUAAUUUUGGGACAAAUGGAUUUUUAUUUCUCUAUUCCUUAUCUCCUUUUCUUUACCUUUCAGUUACCACCUCAGAAGUCAAAAGUACUGAGAUCUGGACCAAUGCUAACUUGCCAGAUCACGUGUGCAAUUAAGAAUAUCCUGAGCAACUGUUGCCAAAGUCACUGAAAAUUAUUAUUUAUCACUAAGCCAGUCAGCAUACAGGACCUCGACUUCCCACCUGGUUCUCAUGGUGAAUAGUUUUGAUUAGAGAUCUAAAUAUCUAAAUCCAUUUUAGAUUUUUCAGGAUAUUCGUUUCAAGGGGUUAAAUCCUUUUUAGUCCUUGACUAUAAUGGAAAGCUCUCCAGGUAUUUGGUAGCAAUUCAGAAUGUGUUCCUAAUAUCUUAUUUGUUUUCAUGUAUGUUGAGAUUAAUUAUUCCAGAAGGCAAAUAUUGACCUUAAUUUUGCCUGGUUACAAUUUAUAUUUUGAUUUGAUGAAUCUUGACAUCUGCUGCAAUACAUGGUUAUUAUGUCCCUUGUAUAUCACAUUAUUUUUUGGAGACAAAGGUUGAAGAGAACAUAAGAAAGUUAAUCAUCUCUUUGUGUAAUGCUCUAUGUUGCCUGAAGGAAGAAACGUGGAAAGCAAUGCAUCUGCAAUAGGCUAAAGUUCUGAGAGAGUGAAGUAGAAAUCAGUGUGCAUUUUAUUGCCUUGGUAAUAUUUUAAAUGCCUGGUGUAGGGAUAUUGCAGAGCAGAGAAGCAAUAGUCUUUCUGUGCAGAUUUGCUCACUGGCAUGUAGAACAUUGUCUUAGUUGGAGGCACCAUGGUACCAGAAGAAUGCUGGCAAACUGGAUCAGGUAUAGAUGGAGCAAUAUAUAUUAAAUAACUGGAUGGGCUGGCUAAUGAGAAGAUUUAAAGGGCUAAAACAUGCCACUGGCUAAGCAAUGAAGUGGAAAUUGAGUAUCAUAAUUUUACAAAUAUGUUACUUAAAAGUUGUAAAACCAAAGGUUAAUCCAAGGGUUGUCACUGGUAACCAAUGCUCUACAUUUAGAAUGGGGCAGAAAAGAUGGAGAGGAAGGGGCAGUGAAUAGUCUUCCAAGCAGAAUUUUGGACAAACUGUUUAGGACAGUCAAACUAUAUUUGGACAAGUCAUUAAAAAAUUUCUGUGAGAGGUGAGUCUGUAGGGACAAGGGGUAGACCAGAUGGCCUUACAGAUUUCUUCCAUCUUUAACUGUUAUUAAUCUGCAGUCUACCCUGAUGUUAACUCCUCAGGAAGAUGCAGUACUUCUUUAAGGACUGGAAUUCACUCUGGUGCAUAGAGUAUCACAAAAUUACUUGUUUUUAAAGUAUCAUGUAUGCCAUAUGUAAGCCCUAAAAAAGAGGGGGUAGGAAA